AUUCUCUUUUAAGAUCUCUCAGUCCAAAGACGACGAUGCAAACAAUAAUUUCUCCACUUGUUUCUCAUCGUCUCUGUCUUGCUCCUGCUGUUCCUCGCUACCGUCUUCCCAACAACUACCACCGUGCUCCUCCUUCGAUCCGUCUCUCAAACCACCGUUCCACCACCUCACCCUGCCUCUUCUCCUCCGCCGCAGCGAGUCGGGACAGUGAAAUGGCGACUGAAGAUGUGCAAGAUCCGAGAAUCGCCAAGAUCGCCUCUUCCAUUAGAGUCAUCCCCGACUUCCCGAAACCAGGAAUCAUGUUUCAGGACAUAACGACGCUUCUUCUAGACACUGAGGCCUUUAAGGAUACUAUUGCGUUGUUUGUUGAUAGGUACAAAGAUAAAGGCAUAUCUGUUGUUGCAGGUGUUGAAGCUAGAGGUUUCAUUUUUGGCCCUCCUAUUGCGUUGGCUAUUGGUGCCAAAUUUGUUCCCAUGAGGAAGCCCAAGAAGCUACCUGGGAAAGUUAUUUCAGAGGAGUAUUCGUUGGAGUAUGGAACAGAUACGAUGGAAAUGCAUGUAGGUGCAGUAGAGCCUGGUGAGCGUGCUAUUAUUAUUGAUGACCUCAUUGCAACGGGUGGGACUCUCGCUGCUGCAAUCCGACUACUUGAACGAGUAGGAGUGAAGAUUGUUGAGUGUGCUUGCGUAAUUGAGUUACCAGAGCUUAAGGGAAAGGAGAAACUAGGAGAGACACCACUAUUUGUUCUUGUAAGCUCGGCUGCUUAACAAGAAACCGAAAGGGAGGGUUAUUGGAUCAAGUGUUGAUGCUAUUUUUCAUGUAUGGUGAGACAUUUUGCUUUGGGGUUUGAUACUUGUUGUUUCAACUUAUAAUAAUUGGCUCAGACUAAAAAAUGGCAUUUGAAUGU